GGCGAAUCUUGCCUCGGCUUGUUUCAAGCGCAAACUAGCGUCGUAUUAACAUAGUUUGACAUUACCUAAGUAGCUUGAUUGCGAAAUACAUAAUAUAUCCUGCCAUCAUGCUUUCGAUAUAUCUAACAGUGUUCAGACCUACUCAUUCCGCUACUCACUCGGACCGUCAUAUUUUCAAAAUCUCUUGACCAUGACACAACUCACAGCCAAUGCGAAUUCUGGACUGCCGCAGAUAUCAGACGUCAUAAUCGUCGGUGCUGGCAUUUCAGGAAUCAACGCCGCCUAUCGAAUCCAAUCCGAGGCGCCUCAAGGCACGACGUAUCUGAUUCUUGAAACAAGAAAUUCGAUUGGAGGCACGUGGGAUCUUUUUCGAUACCCAGGUAUCAGAUCCGACUCUGAUAUAAUUACCUUUGGGUUUGCUUGGAAUCCGUGGGACAAAGCAGAGUCCAUGGCAUCUGGGCCUGACAUCAAGGAAUACAUGAUUAGAUCUGCACAGAAGUUUGGAAUAGACGAGCACAUUCUCUUUCAACGCUCUGUCGUCUCUGCAGAAUGGUAUCGUGAAGAGCAACUGUGGACCUUGACUGUGCAAGAGUCAAUUUCAGGAUCGGACAUAGUAAAGCGCAACAUUCACAAGUGCCGCUUUCUCAUUAUGGGAACAGGAUACUACGACUAUACGGAACCACGGAAAACAACUAUACCUGGCCUCACAGACUUUAAAGGGACCGUGGUUCACCCACAGUUUUGGCCGGAAGACCUCGACUAUAAAGAUAAAGAUGUCGUCAUAGUCGGGAGCGGAGCAACUGCCAUAACACUUCUCCCAUCGAUGUCCCAUCAGGCCAGGCACGUUACGAUGCUGCAGAGAAGUCCGACCUAUGUUUUCUCUCUACCACUGCGAGAUAAUUUGACGACGUCUCUACGUACUUGGCUCCCUACCUCAAUAUCAAGAGUGCUGACUCGAGCUCUUUGGAUUUCCCGGAGUUGCUUCACGGCCUUUGUCUGUCGCCGCUGGCCGGACUAUAUUAGGCGUAAGCUCAAGGAAGCGACCACCAAGCAGCUCCCACCAGGAAUCAGCUGGGACCCUCAUUUUAACCCGCGCUAUAAUCCUUGGGAGCAACGCCUAUGUGCAUCUAAGGGCGGCGACUUCUACGCUGCUCUUCGGUCUGGCAAAGGAAGUGUGGUCACUGAUAACAUUACACGAGUGACCGAGAACGGUAUAAAGCUAGAAUCUGGUGAAUCUUUGAAGGCCGAUGUCAUUGUGACUGCGACUGGCCUCAAGCUCAAGUUUGCGGGCGGCAUCAAAGUGGCAGUUGACGGUGAAGCCGUUGAUUUCUCGGACAAGUGGGCAUGGAAAUCCGUCAUGGUACAGGACGUACCGAACAUGGUAUUCAUCACCGGUUAUGAGAAUGCUUCGUGGACGCUGGGAGCCGACGUGAGCAUCCGGCACUUCAUACGACUAGUACGUGCGUUGGAGAGGAAACAUGCAAAAGUGGCUAUCCCUCGAUUGCAGGAACAGGAAGUGUCUAUGAAAGCAGGAUCACUGUUCAAUCUAUCGUCAACAUACCUCAAAAGUGCCGGCUCUAUAUUUCCAAAGACAGGAUCGGGGUACUGGAACGCGAAAAAGAAUUAUAUAGUCGAUAUGUGGGGUGCGUCUUGGGGUGAUGCUACCGCUGGUCUCGAGAUUAUUGGCUAGAUCAGUAACUCUUUUCAAGGAUAGAAAUAGUGGCAUUAUCUUUACUUAUCUACAAUUGACGCUUGCUUCUCUCUUUCCCACCCACCAAGUAUGUCACCGGCAUCCUAAGGUGGCUCAAAAAUCAAUCAAAUUUCCGUUGCUUCACCAACAACCUUGUGUUGUCUAUUAACGCGCGAAAUUCUGGUGAUCUGGGUACAGGCAGCAAGAAUAUUACGAUCAAAUCAAAAUAACAAGAAAAUUAAAUAAGAGUUUAUAGUUAGAGCCGCUUACAUUCCUCCUCAAAAACUUACAGUCA